AUGGGUUCUUUUGGUCAGUCAGUUUGGUUACUAUUUCUUUGGUCAAACGUAACCGAAUCAUCAGCAAACGUCUUGUUGGCUCCACUUCGCAUUUCAACAAGACAUUUUGCACCGUACAUGUACCAAAAUACCGACGGCAACUUUUACGAUGGCAUGGAAUUUCAGUUUUUGCAACGGAUGGCCGAAACACUAAAUGUAAGGUUGCAUUUCCAGGCCGCGUCAAAUCAUUCCGAUAUUUGUAACGACGUUGCAAUGAACAUCGCCGAUAUUUGUAUCGGAGGAAUAUUUCCAACAGAAGAUACUUUGAAAUAUGCACUGAUGUCCGUAACCUAUGCCAGUGACGAUUUGACUUGGUGUGUUCAAAAAGCGCGGACGAUGCCAAUGUUCUUAGCUCACAUGCGCUAUGUACAACCUGCGGUAUGGUUUAUGGGUAUCUUUGGUUGCGGCUACCCAGUCGGUUUGUUGAUAUACUUGUUGGUACAAUUCGAUCCGAAGUAUAAACAGCGGAGCAGUAUCGAUUGGCAUCGCUCUAUGUUAAUUACAAUACCAGCAUUUAUUGGCCUAUCACCGAAUUUUACCCCGUUGAAAGGAACACUUCGCAUUUUUUACGCAACGGUCCUUAUUAGCGCAUUCUUUGCAUUUCAAAUAUUGUUAACUCGAGGAUACGAUGUCCUUCAUAAGCAAGUGCCAUUGCAUCAAGUCUCAUCGUUGAACGAAAUUAUGGAGAAGGAUUUUCAUUUAGUUGGCUCACUGGAGUCGCUUAAUUUACUGAGUCGAAACAAAAUGAUUCGCAAUCGUAAAAUUGAAUCGUUCUACAUUUGCGAGGAUAUUGACGAAUGCUUGGUACCAAAUCUAGAGAAUCUUGCAGUUGCUGGCUCUCGCCAAAAUAUGAUCAACUCGCCAUCGUAUUCACCUUUGCAGAUGUUUUGCCUGGAACGUUUGGAAAAUAUCGCAAGCUAUCCAAUUGCCCUGUACAUGCGAAAAGACUUUCCCUUAGCAGCGAAAGUAGACACAAUCGCACGACAAUUACUUGAAGCUGGAUUUUUCGUUAGAUGGGAAAGCUGGUGCAGUUAG